AUGUUACCAACUGAGAUGGCACUUCCGAAUGGAAAUCAAUCACAAAUGUAUUUCUUAUCAUCGAAUAUAAAUAAACAUAUUUCAUCCAAACAACAUCACCCUAGACAUGUUGAUCAUCAUAUUCAUUCAACGCUAGCACACGAAUAUAUGGUUCCUUUCAAAACUGAGCAGGAUAUAAAUAAUAAAAUGAUGACAUUUGGAUAUCAUUUACAACCUGGUCAAUAUCUAGCCAAUUACAACAGCAAUCUUCAUCAAACUCUACCAUUAUCCAUUUCCUUAAACUCUGAAUUUCCUUCUCUGGAAUCUAGCGCAUCUGCACAAACCUUCAAUUCAAUUUUAAUGACGGAAACAACAGCAAAAAUGCAAUUAUCAGAGCUGAAUCCAUCGUUAAAGAAUAUAUUUUGUGAAAGACCUCUAUCUGACGUAUCAACUCAGGAAACAAAAUAUGAAAAUCUGUUCCAACCAUGCUUCGUUACACGUGAACAGAAUACGUUGGCACAGCCUUGUUCUUUACCACCAGUAUCUUUAUCAUCAACAACAACAUCUGGUAUUCCACCGAUCAAAAUAAAACGAAAUUUAGUAAGAACACCAAAUUUUACACCACAAUCACAACCUAAUUUAAGAAUUUCAUCGAAUUCUUCAUCAACUAUGAUUGAUAAUAAAUCUAAACCGAUCAGUGUUUCACAGUAUUUAUCAUUAUAUUCUACGACUAACGCUUUUAAACGAUAUCAAACAUCGGGGCAACGUUUGAUGUAUCCGAAAUUUGAUCUUGAACAAAAAGUCAUCAAUAAUUGUUCUACAAGCAAUUUAUUAUACAAUUUGCCUUAUUACUUGACUGUUCCUCAUGAACAUCAUUAUAUACUUACUUCUAAUCCGAUGUCCAUAAAUACACCAUCUGGAAUAUAUUCUCCUCUUUUACCGAAAUUGAAUGCUGCUUUUCCAUUUCUGUCAUUUUCAAAUACUAUAGAAAAAACGGCAGAAAAAAGAGGAGAUUUACGAAAAUCUCAAGUUGGUCUAAAUUCUACAGCAAACAUACUAAUGGAUAAAAAAAUUUUGCUACCUAUACAUUCAAUAACGAGAACAUCCAUUCUAAGAAGACGUCUACAAAAAAGAUCGAAGACUGAUGAUCAUCAUACAAAAACUUUAAUAAAACUUAUAAAACAAAGAAACAAAUUGGCUGUUCUAAAAUUCAUGAUACGAAAGCGAAAGCAACAACAACAACAAGUAUCGAAGAAAAAUAUUCCUGCAGUUAAAAUUGAAAAGGUUGUUGAACAAAUGAUUGAUAUUAAUGUCCCAAAAACAAUAUCAUUCGAGACAAAGUCACCAGAUAUUAUGGCACUUAACUUAAAAAUUACUUUUAAUACAGCUCAAAAAAUAGAAUCUAUAUCUUUGUAUUAUCAACAGCGGCAUAAACCUGAAAUUAAAAGAGAAUCAAGUUUCGUAGCAUCAAAUAAUACGAUUAACAAAUUAGGUUUAUUGAUUGAAGCUAUCAACUUUAUUGAAACGCACAAUGGGAAUUCAAAACUCACACUGGAAUCGAUUGAAUGA